GCUGUAACCCCAAGCGUUUCAUUAUUUUUUGGCCAUGGAACUCUUGCUGUAUUGAGCCAUCGCAAUGGCCACCAUCGUAUUUUCAAUACUCGGUGAAUUAGACCCGUUGAAAGCACCGAGAUGUACAUACAUCCGAGCUGGCUAUAAGAUCAUAAAUAGGACCUAUCUGCACAGCACCUCCAUUUCAUUCAAUUGAUCUCAUAUCAUCACAAAAUAUCAAAUCACCAUCUCAUAAACCAUGCCUCAACUAAAAAUCCUCAUUUCCGGCGCGGGCAUAGCGGGACUCGCCUCUGCCCUAUGGCUCUCCAAGCUCGGCCACGACAUCACCAUCAUAGAGCGCUUCCCAACUCUCCGCGCUACAGGCCUGCAAGUAGACCUACGUGGGCACGGCAUAGAAGUGCUGAAACGCAUGGGCCUCGAACAAGCCUUCCGGGCCAAAUCCGUCCCCGAGCAAGGAUUGCAGGUUGUCGAUUCUCGCGGGAGACGAUGGGCUUAUUUCCCUGCAAAUCGGUCCGGGAAGGGACUGCAGAGUUUCACGACAGAUUGGGAGAUCAUGCGAGGAGAUCUAUGUCGGUUGCUUCAUGACGCUUGUGAAGAUCGGGUGAAAUACGUUUUCGGGACGUAUAUUGAGAACUUUCAGGAGGACAGUGAUGAGUUUGUUGAAGUGUUGUUUUCAGAUGGAAGAAGGGAUCGGUUUGAUCUCGUGAUAGGUGCUGAUGGGCAGGGGUCACGGACGAGGAAAAUGAUGCUUGGGUCGAAUACUCCUGAUCGGAUCACUUGGUUAGGUGGUAUGUAUUUCGGAUACUUCACCAUUCCGAAACCGCUUCAGGAAGGGGAGGAUUUCCGCGCAACAUCCUAUAUGGCUCCUGGGAGACGGUUCAUACUUACCCGAAGGCACCGGCCUGAUCGUGUGCAGGUAUACCUCGGCUGCAAGACCGAUUCGGAGAGUCUGAAGAAUGCCCGCAGAGGUGACGUCCAGGAAGAGGUUAAUGCGUUCGUGGAAAUCUUCCGCGGUGCCGGGUGGCAGACGGAGCAGUUCCUGAAGGCUCUUCAAGAAGACACCGAUGAUUUCUACUGUGAGCGGAUCGGAGUCGUCAAGAUGGAUUCGUGGUCUCAGGGUCGUGUUGUUCUCGUCGGAGAUGCAGGAUAUUGUCCCUCAGCCAAUACUGGAAUGGGAACCACUUCUGCACUCGUGGGUGCAUAUAUCCUAGCUGGAGAGAUUUCGAAAAUUCAAAAGGGUCACGAGACGAAAGACCAUAAUACGAAAAAGGAGCUCCUCAUGGCGCUGAAAAGCUACGAUGAAAAGUUCCGACCAUUUAUGGAUCAGGUGCAGAGAGGAUUGACGGAAGACUGGGACGUCUGGGAUUGGAUUGCUUCAACUUGGCUGAAUGUUCUGAUAUUCAACUUCUUAGUGGCAGUGGCUUCGUUUCUGAGAAUUAAUAUCCUGGGUAGAUUCGCACUUCGUGAAGAUGUGAAAGAUUGGUCUCUUCCGGAUUAUGAAGAGAUGACGAAGGGUUGA